AUGGCAACCCAAUACCUCAUCUUCUUCCUUCUCCUCUCUUCCUAUACACUCACCUCUGUCUCCACAGAAGAAACCGGUUUCGUGCGUUCACUAGACCGCGAGAUGAUGGGCAUGCAGAAGAAAGAAUGCUUCAGCCACUUCAGAUUCUAUUGGCAAAACAUCGUUAGUGGAAACAAUGUCACCUCAGUUGAAAUUGUUCCACCGCUCCCUAAGUAUAACCCUGCCUAUGCCUUUGGUAUGGUUACACUCAUCUUCAAUGCUUUGACCUUAGGACCAGAACUAAGUUCAAAACUUGUGGGAAGAUCUGAAGGGAUUUAUGUAUCUACAUCACAGACAGGGCUUGAUCUUCUUAUGGCUAUGAACUUUGUCUUGUUUGAGGGGAGGUAUAAUGGUAGCAGCAUCACCAUUGUGGGAAGGAACUCAGUUUAUAACACGGUUAGGGAGAUGCCUGUGAUUGGUGGAAGUGGGGUUUUCAGGUUUGCUAAGGGAUAUGCAGAAGCUAGGACUCACUUCUUUGAUCCUAAAACUCUGAAUACUGUUGUGGAGUACAACGUUUAUGUUUCCCAUUAUUGA